AGUUCAAGCUUAAUCUGUAAUUGAUUUCCAUUUAAUGACAUAAAGAAAAUUAGUUUACACCAAUUUCCAUUAGGCUUUGAAUAUUGGCAGUUGUUCGUUUUGAGAAGGCAAUCUGACCCCAACAUUCUUUUUGUCUGCAGUCUUAGUGCAGUAAUGUGCAUGGGAGUAGCUGCCGGGGCUUACAUUCUUACCUUAUUUGCUAUGAAGUAUAGACAACGUGUAUUUGGUUUGAUACUUGUUUCACCUCUAUGCAAAGAACCAUCUUGGACUGAGUGGUUGUGCAACAAGGUCAUGACAAAUUUACUCUAUUUUUGUGGCAUGUGCGGGGUGGCAAAGGAAAUGUUCCUGAAGCGGUACUAUAGCAAGGACAUUCGAGGUGGUGCUCAAUUCCCAGAGUCAGAUAUAGUUAAAGCUUGCCGAAGGAGGAAGCUGCACAAAUUCCUAGAAGAACUAGUAGGCUUCAUCUUCUACACAAAAUUCUGCUUCAUCUUUAAGCAUGUUAGCUGGUUUUGAAUCACUUCUAGAAGCUGAUCAGCAAAGAAUGGCAUCCAUGAUGGAAUAGGUUCAAAUUUGUGACAGUGCUAAAAAAUGUGAUCACUAUUACUCACUUGCGGAAGAUUUUCUCGAGAUUACACCUCGGAAGACAAUUGGAGAAUUGAAAGAAUGUAAAGAGGAUGGUGAUUAUGCUGUGUAUGGUACAAUUAUGGGAGUGAUUGGUGGACCUGAUUGGUUUGUUGCUCAAUGUAGAUGUGGCACUGAAGUUGUUCUGAAG